UAACGGACUAAUUCUGAACAUCUAACCUUCCUGGAUCCCCACCUUCCUCGAGCUCAUGAGGCAGGGCAGGCCGCGGGGAGACCAUUCUGUGUGAACCAGAUCGGAAGAGUGUAUUUCUGCCGGAAAAGCUCGCCUUCUCCGGAGGCAGAGGCCAGUGUUAAAGUCCACCGAUAUUUAAUAGGGAAAGGUGUUGCCGAUCUGGCGGAAGAGAGGUUGUAGGUCUUUGCCCUGUUGUGUGGGAGGAUGAGGAAGUGAGAGCUUUUUUGCAGUCUGAGUCCACAGUCAGAGCACAUCUCCUUGCCCCGUCUGAUCUCCAGCUCCAGUGCACAGGCUCUGAGGUGAGAAACACAACGGCCGGUGGACCGCAAGACAGGAGAGGCUCCCCGUCCGCCGAGGACAGACGCCGCUGCCAUGGGUAGUAAAUACCACUGGCAGAGUCAGAAUGUGAAGCAGAGUGGAGUGGAUGACAUGGUCCUCUUAUCAAAGAUCACGGAGGACGCCAUCGUGGAGAACCUGAAGAAGCGAUACAUGGAUGACUACAUCUUUACAUACAUCGGCUCUGUCCUGAUAUCUGUUAACCCCUUCAAACAGAUGCCCUACUUCACAGACCGGGAAAUCGAACUCUACCAAGGAGCCGCCCAGUAUGAAAACCCACCACACAUAUAUGCUCUGACAGACAACAUGUAUCGAAACAUGAUGAUCGACAGUGAAAACCAGUGUGUUAUUAUCAGUGGCGAAAGCGGAGCCGGAAAGACCGUAGCUGCCAAGUAUAUUAUGGGCUACAUCUCCAAGGUGUCCGGCGGGGGACCCAAAGUGCAGCAUGUGAAGGACAUCAUCUUGCAAUCCAACCCUCUACUGGAGGCCUUCGGAAACGCCAAGACCGUCCGCAACAACAACUCCAGCCGCUUUGGUAAAUACUUUGAGAUUCAGUUCAGUCGUGGAGGAGAACCAGAUGGAGGCAAGAUCUCCAACUUCCUGCUCGAGAAGUCCAGAGUGGUCAACCAGAAUGAAAGCGAGAGGAACUUCCACAUCUACUACCAGCUGUUGGAAGGAGCAUCUCCCCAGCAGAGAGAAGCCCUGGGAAUCAUGACCCCCGACUAUUUCUAUUACCUGAAUCAGUCUGGCACAUACAAGGUGGAUGGAACCGUUGAUAGCAAAGACUUCCAGGAAACCAUGGAAGCUAUGCAGGUGAUCGGAAUCACAGAGGAGUGUCAGACGCUGGUGUUACAGAUUGUGGCAGGCAUUUUGCACCUGGGCAACAUAAACUUUAUCGAAGCUGGGAACUACGGCCAGGUGGAGAGCACAGAUCUGCUCGCCUUCCCCGCGUACCUGCUGGGCAUUAACUCGGGUCGCCUGCAGGAGAAGCUGACCAGCCGCAAAAUGGACUCCAAGUGGGGCGGCAAGUCCGAGUCCAUCGACGUGACGCUGAGCAAGGAGCAGGCGUGCUACACCCGCGAUGCCCUGGCCAAGGCUCUUUAUGCACGCCUCUUUGACUUUCUGGUGGAGGCAAUCAACAAAGCCAUGCAGAAACCAUAUGAAGAGUACAGCAUCGGUGUUCUGGACAUCUAUGGUUUUGAAAUAUUCCAGAAAAACGGUUUUGAGCAGUUCUGCAUCAACUUCGUCAAUGAGAAGCUGCAGCAGAUCUUCAUCGAGUUGACGCUGAAGGCGGAGCAGGAAGAGUAUGUGCAGGAAGGCAUUAAGUGGACUCCCAUAGAGUACUUUAACAACAAAGUGGUGUGUGACCUUAUAGAGAAUAAGCUGAAUCCCCCCGGGAUCAUGAGUGUGCUGGAUGAUGUCUGUGCCACGAUGCACGCCAAGGGCGAGGGGGCCGAUGGGACGCUGCUGCAGAAGCUGCAGGCCGCCGUGGGCACUCACGAUCACUUUAACAACUUCAGCUCGGGCUUUGUCAUCCACCACUAUGCAGGCAAGGUCUCGUACGACAUCAACGGGUUCUGCGAAAGAAACCGAGACGUGCUUUUCACGGACCUCAUUGAGCUGAUGCAGAGCAGUGAAUAUGACUUCAUACGGAGUCUGUUUCCAGAAAACCUGAACACGGAGAAGAAGGGCCGGCCCAGCACCGCCAGCACAAAGAUCAAGAAACAAGCGAAUGACCUGGUGAACACUCUGAUGAAGUGCACGCCACACUACAUCCGAUGCAUCAAGCCCAACGAGACCAAGAGGUCCAAGGACUGGGAGGAGAGCCGAGUGAAGCACCAGGUGGAGUACCUGGGCCUGAGAGAGAACAUCCGAGUGAGGAGGGCCGGCUUCGCGUACCGUCGCGUCUUCAACAAGUUCCUACAGAGGUAUGCCAUCCUGACAGCGGAGACAUGGCCAUGCUGGAGGGGAGAAGAAAAACAGGGAGUACAGCAUCUUCUACGCUCUGUCAACAUGGAUACAGACCAGUACCAGAUGGGCCGCUCCAAAAUCUUUGUCAAAAACCCAGAAUCGCUUUUUUUACUGGAGGAGAUGAGGGAGAGGAAGUUUGACACAUUUGCCAGGACCAUCCAGAAAGCCUGGAGGAAGUACAUAGCCAGGAGGAAGUAUGAGCAGAUGAGAGAGGAGGCUUCAGACAUCCUGUACAACUCAAAGGAACGCCGCAGAAACAGCAUCAACCGCAACUUUGUCGGCGAUUACCUGGGCAUGGAGGAAAGACCAGAGCUGCGGCAGUUCCUGGCCAAGAGGGAACGCGUGGACUUUGCUGACUCGGUCAACAAAUUCGAUCGCAGGUUCAAGGCGAUCAAAAGGGACCUGAUCCUGACGCCAAAGGGGAUCUACCUCAUAGGCCGAGAGAAGGUGAAGAAAGGCCCAGAGAAGGGACAAAUCAAAGAGGUGCUGAAACGGAAGUUAGAGAUCGGGAGCAUCCGCUGCAUAUCGCUAAGCACAAAACAAGAUGACUUCUUCAUCAUUCACGAUUCUCAGUAUGACAGUCUGCUGGAGUCCACCUUCAAAACGGAGUUCCUCAGCCUGCUGUGCAAGCGCUACGAGGAAGUUAUGAAAAACAAGCUGUCCCUCUCCUUCAACGACCGACUGGAGUUCAAGGUGAAGAAGGAAGGCUGGGGAGGUGGUAGUUCCCGCUAUGUGGCAUUCCUUCGGGGGCAGGGAGACCUGGCCCAGAGCAAACCAGCGGGAAAGACCCUCAACGUCACCGUGGGAGACGGCUUACCGAAGACAUCCAAGCCAACAAGGAAAAGCCUUCCCCAGGGCCAAGGGAGGCGGGGCCCAGCACAGAGCAAAGGGCACCAAAAUGGCGCAGCCCAGUUUUCGAAGAGUAACCACGGUCGAUCGACAAAAGGAGAACAGAUGUACAGCGCACCCCAAAAGAGGGGUGGUCCCCCGACCACAGGGCCACCGAAAUUAGGGUCCAUCAAGUCCCGAGAAAGGCCAGGGCAUAAAAAACAGGGAAACUUGGACUUCCUCAAUGUGCCGGACCAAGGCGUGGCAGGGAUGCAGAGGAGGAGGAGCGUCAGUCACGCACCGCCUGCCCCAUCGAGCCGACCCAAACCCCAACCCCGGCCCACAGGCCCUCGCUGCCGGGCCCUGUACCAAUACGUGGGACAGGAUGUCGACGAGCUCAGCUUUGACGUCAAUGACAUCAUUGACCUCCUCAACGAAGACCCUUCUGGCUGGUGGAGAGGAAGAUUCCAGGGCAGGGAGGGCCUCUUCCCUGGGAACUAUGUUGAAAAAAUCUGAGGACUCACCCCCCCAGCUCAUUGUGUCGAUCGUGUAAGCGUAGGGGAAAUCUCACUGCUUUCGAAGUGCUGGAAACAUAUACAGUGUUAUUCCUAUUUAAAUGACAUAAAUAGAACAAUACUGAAUAAACCAACUAAAAUGUCUGAUGUUCUCGAAUGAACACAGAGCAGCGGCAGAAUAACAAGUGUUUUGUUUGUAUUUUCCUCGCAAGGCAUGUACUACAGCGAAGCGGCCACUGUGAGGCACUGUAGCACUUUUUUCCAUCUCCUCAAGGACCCUGAAGGCUUUUCUUCUGUGUUGCGUCAUGAUCAUAGCCUGGUUGAUCGUCGUCAGUGCAUUCAAGGGCUGCAGCUUUGGGUGACCACCUAAAUCAUGUCGGGGGGGGGGGGGGCACUAUGACCUACGAUUUUUCAAACUACUUCAAAACUGAAAGGUUACUGUGUUUGGCUAAAUUGUUUGUUUUGUGCUUAUAUUGGUUUGUUGAGAGACUCAUCCAGCUGAUUCGUUACGUUAGUGACACAUGCAUGAUUAUAGGAGACUGACCAAUCAGCACACAGCAAGAACUCCAAGUCUUUUUAAUUGAAAUAGUGGUUCACAAACCUUGUCCUGGCUCAUAGUCUCCCCCCUGACCUGGAUUAGGUUCGUCACCCUACUCCGGUGACACUUUUGACCCACGUAUCUGCAUACCUGAUGAGGAAUAUUAAAAUUAGGAUUCUGAAUGGGAAUUUACGUGAAAUUUAAUUGUGAGGCUAUGAGAUUAUACGUAGAUAUUUUUUUUAUAUGACAGACAUAUAACAUAAAAGCAAUAGAUUAUAAAUGCUAAAUUUUCAUUUUUUUUUAAAUAUUACCAAUUAAUGGGAGGCUCGUGUUGUAUCCUUUCUCCACUCUUGGAUUUUAUUAGUAAAUGUUAAGUAUUAAAGUGCUGAGGAUUGUCACAGGGGCCACAUUAAAACGUCUUUGAGUAAAUAGUAUUUCCUGGCUUUUCACUUGAAUCACUGUGCAGUAAAUAGAUUUAUUAAAGAAAUUCAAAGUGAA